AUGGAAGUGAAUAAACUGGAUGAUGUAAUUCAGAGAUGGAGAGUGACCAAUCAAGAAGAUCUGAAGCCAGCAGACCACGAACUCUUUCUGCACGUGGGUCAGACCUGCAUUGCUGAGGGUCACAGUGCACAACUUCUGGACUUCAUCAAAGACAGCAAAAAUCAGGACAUAGUGAAGUCUAUGGGUAGUGGUCUGCUAGGGCCACUGAUUAAGGAGGCGGUGAGGAAGGACAGGGACCCUGUGCACUGCCAGGCUGUGAUUACCCACAUGGUACAGAUCUGCAGCGCCACUGAGGUUCUAAACGUCCUGCUCAGGCAAGUGGAGGAAACCGAUCCUGAUGCGAUAGCAGACACCGUCACGCUGAUCAUACAGCACUUUCAGCCAGCUCUCUUGAGACUAGGUGAUAUAAAGACCCAGUCACUGAACCUGGUUUUGGAUGCUCUGCACAAACAGAUCUGUAAGCUGCCGGUGCCAUAUUUAUGCAAACAGGAAGAGGAAGAUGAGCACGGGCUCUGUCGGUGCUGCACUGCACUGCUGACCUUUGUGCAGCCAUUCGUGCAGGAAAUCAAGAGUCGAGAUGCAAAAGGUCCACCGACGAACAGCUAUCAUGCACGUCUGAGGAGCGUGCUUCUCAAAUUCUGCAUGAAGAUUCUGAGAGAACCUCUACUUGAGGCUCAGUUUGAAAGAAGACCUGACACUACCCAAAACUCUCCCCUCAGGAACGUUGCAACAGACAUAAUGGCCAUUCUACCUGCUAUCCACGAGCCUCUUCCUGAACUCCUUUUCUAUUAUCCACUGAGGACACAAAAAGACGAGGCAGUUGUGAGGAUAGAUGACGGCGACUCACCUGAAUCGAGAGCCUGUCUGGCCUACCUGCUCUUCGUCCAGCUCAUCGCUAUUGAAGUGUUUCCUGCUGUGUUCAGCCCUGUGUUUGUCCUGCAAUGCAACAUGGGAUACAUCAAUAUUUUACUAAGCAGACAGGAUGAAUCAUGGAUACUGAAAGGUUUGGAUCUGCAUGUUAAAAGCCUGGAGAGAGUUCUGGAUAACAGUCUGCCAGCGGAGCUGCUGGAGUUAAAGUCCUUUAACACAGUUCCACAGAACCUAAUUAAAAUUAUGACUGAUUGUCCUAUCCAGCACUUGAGAGUAAAAGCUCUUCUGGUGUUCCAGCUUUUUAUUAAGAAACUUAACGAGGAGGCCAAGCAUACAUUCUUCAGGUGCAUCAUGAGAACCAGUCACCAUGCAGGGGUGAAAAGUGUCAUUCUCACAAACAUUAAAGAUCAAGCGGAACGCUCGAGCAAGUCGAAACGAAGGGACGGCUGGUUUGAAGGAACGUUACUGCUAUCACUUCUGAGGGAUGUGCUGAGUUUGCCUCGAGGUCCAGAGACAGACCUGCUAAAUGACAUGGACAGGGUUAUGGUGUCCUUAAAUCUCCUGAGGUAUCUACUCAUCAUUGAGAGAAACAAACCCACGGGUAUGUGGACAGACCUGUGUAACGUGGCUCAGAACUACAUAAAGAUGCUGCGUGUGUGUCUCAGCAUGUCAAAAUCAUACUAUGGAGCGGAGCUCAGGAGAAUACACGAGAACAAGAAGGUCAAAGCCAAAGAAUUUAAAGAGGCUGCAGGAAAGAAAACCAUCCAGUGCAUGAUGGUGAAAAAUGAAGCUCUAGGUGGGAUGCCUCGUGAGGCCCAGGAGAAGGUACUACAGUGUGCACUGGUUACGUACGACCUGAUGGAGAGCCUCGUCAUCCGGAUAGAGGAAAUCAUAGACGAGAGACCGUGACAUAAACCACAACAUCGUUUUAUUCAUCAAC